GAAUCUCCGCAAUGCAAAGCUCAUGAGGCAGAGAAGUGAGGAGGCGACGAUGGGGGAUGAUGGUGCUAAUGAUGUGGGAGUCUUUUAAACUUUAAUUGCAAAACCUUACCAGCAUCAAGUGAAAGCACAGAGCGUCUCCUCGCUCAACGCUCCAAAGUUAACGCGCUCAACGCGGGAGCCACAAAUCACCUUCGCUGGGGGGAAUUCCACAUUCCUAUGGCCGGGAGCUGCUGUCUGUUGAACUUCUUCUAACUUGGAGCAGUCACGAUGGAGGUUGACGAGGAGCAUGUGUCCACGCUGCUCGCCAUGGGCUUCUCGGACCCCUUCUCCGUGCGAAGAGCGCUCAGCUUAGCCAAGGGAGACCUGGGCGACGCCGUGUCCUUCCUCACCAACGAGACGCCGGGCCUUGGCCUCCAGAGGGAAGGGAGAGAAGGCGGUGUCGGUGGUGGCGGUGGCGGCGGCGAAGACGACGAGGACGUGGAGAUGAAGACGGUGUCGGGCAGGGACGCGCUGCCCGCCUACGACGACCUCGCGGAAGCGGAGGACGAGAAUGGAAAUGGCACGGGCGUCCCCACCUUCCCAGCUGCAUGCCUCUACGACCUGGAGAACAGAGUGUUCACCGAGCAAUGGUCAAUACCGUAUAAGCGCAACGAGUCGCUGGGACGGUGUCUCUCGGCCGCCACACGCCUCGCCAAGCAUGACCUCCUUGAUUCAGAUGAGAGCUGCAAGAGGUUCAUUGAGCGCUGCAUGCCUGAAGCUUUUAAGAAGCUGUUGACGUCGAGUGCGGUGCACAAGUGGGGUUCGGAGAUCCAGGAGGGGAUCCUCCACAUGCUGCUGCUUCUGGUGCAGCUCACGGCAGAGACGCUCUCUUCUAAGAACACGUCCCCCUUUCUACUCACGUCACUCUCACUGGCCUUCAACCCAGAGAACGAGUUCCACUUCAAGAACCGUGCCAAAGCUUCCCAGACACCACGCCUUUCCUCUUCUUCGUCAUCCUCCACCUCCUCACAGGAUGACCCCCCUUUUGCAGAGUCUUCCCCUGGCAAGGAACCCUAUGGCUGGCUUGUGGAUUUAAUCAAUAAGUUCGCCGAGGUUGGAGGUUUCAACGCCAUAAAGACCAAGGCAGAGACUGAAGAUCUGGACUUGACGACUAUGGCCUCCGUCCUGCAGCCGCUAGGAAUGUGUGCAGAAUUUCUCAACCCCACAGUCAUGAAGACGAUGUUCAACCCUGUGGUUCAGAAAGUUAUGGCGUCAUUGCAGAACCUGGAUGAAAAGGAUCUGAAGGACAAGCGCCUUGCCUCUGUGCCAUCGCUGCUGUCGUCCCUGAAACUGCUGUGCCUUCGUUUGAGCGCUGAAGCGGCGCAGCAGGUGGACCUGCUGCGCCUCGACACCCUGCUGCGUAUGCUGCGAUCGCCACACUUCAACGCCAAGAUGACUUCACUCAAGGAGGUGUCCCGCCUGCUGGAGGACAGCUCGAGUGCGCGUGCCUCGCGGGACGCGAUGGCACGCGAGCAGCUGCUCUCGUGGCUCGAGCAGCAGCACGUGCUGUCUCUCGCUCUGGAGGGUAAUAUAGACCAAGCACAAUACUGUGACCGAGUCAAGGGAAUCAUCGAUGCUUUGGGUAGCAAACUGACCCUCGAUGAGAUUGCCUCAUUAUGGAAAAUGCAGACGGGACAGUCGACCACAGUGAUGGACAACAUCCACUCCAUUCUCGCGUCUUCCGCCACCCACUUGGGAAACCAGCAACUUCACCACCUCUUUGACCUCAUCCACCAGAGCUGGGAUUCGGAGAGCGACAGGGUGAGACAGAAACUCCUCACUCUGAUUGGGCGAAUUGGCCGGGAGGGGAGGUCGGAGAGCACAACCUCCAAGGUGCUGGACCUGCUGUGGGAUUUCUCCCACGAGCAGUCGCUGCCUUGCAGUCUGGUCCAGCAGGCUUUGUCUGAGCACAUGGCCGUGUGCUGUGAGCCAUACUCGACGCGGGAUGCUCUCAAGAGAUCGUUCGCUCUCCGCUGUGUAGAAGACCUCAAGAAGGGCAUCCUGGUGGUUCCUCUACUGAGGCAUCUGCACGAGAUGGUGAAGAGCCUCUUAGAACACAGCUACCAGAAGCAGGAAAAGGGCAUCAUCCAGGAGCUCAAGAAACAUGUGGACAUGGUGAAAAUGGUGACAGGCAGCCUGGUGGCCACCCAUAAGACAGCUGUCGGGUCCUCAGGUCCUGGGGUCCUCGAUGGGUCCGUGCUUGUGGACGGCCGCUAUUCCCACCGUGAUCAUGUGGAGGCUCAUCUCAAGUUCUUGGCGUUCUUCCUCCAAGUGGCCGCCCUGUAUUUGUCCCAGAGCAGAGCCAACGACAUUUGGGACUGCCUGGUGUCCAACCCCAAUGCAUGCGAUUCAGACAGAGAGCUGUGUCUCGAGUGGUUCACCCGUGGUCUUCACGACCUGGAGCCGGACACGCAGCAGCGUCUCUUCAAAGACAAAAUUCUCCGUCUGGAGCCACUUGAAAUGUCCAUGAACGCGUUCAAUCUGUUCAAGGCAUUCUUUGAGAGCGUGAACAUGAAUGAGCAUCGACUGAAGAAGCAGGCUGGGCAAAUGCUCGUAGAGAAGCCAGAGUUAAUGGGGAUGGAUUUCAUCUGGCGGGUUGCCAUGGAAACAAGUGAUGAUGACAUCGCAAAUGAAGCCAUCAACCUCAUCAUCAGCUACGGCUUCACAUGCCUCAACCCUCGCCUCAAGAAGGACCCAUCCUCGCUUCACAAGAAAUUCUUCUCUGAAUGCCAAAAGAGACUGGAGGCGGCGAGUGGAGGUCUGAGCGGCGUGCCUUCUGUCUGCCACGUGCUGGGCCGUGCGACGCGGACGUUAACGGCUACGGCUUCCCCGGAGCUCUCCAGCACCGUCGACGCCCCCUCAAGGGUAAGGAGGGUUUUGACUCUGGAAAGGCUCUUACUUCUGGCGGAGCGAUAUAUUGUCACUAUUGAGGACUCCAGUGCCGAUGCAUUUCCGCGGACCCUGCUCCCCCAUGGGGCCUCGUUUCAUGGCCAUCCCAUCACCCUGCACGUGUCGUGUGAUGGGACAGGAACCUCAUUCACACUAGAGGCUCAUGGCAACGAGACAGUCAGCAGCGUGAGAGCUCGUGUCGCGGCUCACAUCCCCUGCUCACAAGACGUCCUCCAGAUUUUUGCCAACGACACCUUGCUCACCUCCUCCCGCAACCACAAGCUCCUCCGCCAGCUGCACUUUGCCGAGCGGCAGCAGCUUGGGGCAAAGGUCGCAUCGGGGUCGGCAACCUCCACUUCUUCGGCAGCUGGAGGAGGAGGAGGCGGCGGGGCGGCAGCAACCGCCACGGAUACAGCCGCCACUGGCAACGCGUAUGGGCUAGAUCAGGAGAAAUCCCUGCCCGGUGUUGUGAUGGCACUAGGGCAACCGAUGUUCGACCUCCUCUACCAGCUCGCCAACAUCGACGAGCCUAGGCUGACUGUGCGAGUUCGGAACCUGCUGCUUCUCAUUCCCACGGACCCUUCAGUCCAAGAUACCCUGGAUGCCUUGGGGCGAAAGUCUGCAGAUGGGAGAUGCAACAGCAUCCAGGCCUUGGGCUCCGUUCUAGAGAGCCUUUUCCGAUUCUCCUCCACCGGCAUGUCCACCUUCAGAGUUCUCUACAACCUGGAGGUUCUGAGCUCGAAGCUCAUGCCGUUGUCUCAAGAUGAGAUGGCUCGGGACUGUGCUCGAUCCUUCUGUGAGGGCUUUGUUCAAGCAGGAGGACUGAACCUCGUUGUGGGAGUGAUGGAGAGAGACACUCUUCCCAUGGACACGGACUACGAGACGAGACAAGACAUCUACUCCAUCUGUCUUCAGUUGGCCCGCUUCUUGCUCGUCGGCCUUCCCCUCGACAACAAUUUUCCCGACGACAUCGCCAUGGAGACAAACGAGGGCCGCCCAUCCCCAUCGUCGCGUCCAGCCCGCACCGCCCAUCACCUCCGCUCCAACACCACCACGUCGCCGUCAACGCCAUCGUCGUCCUCGUCGUCAUCGCCAGCCACGGGCUCCAUCUGCUCCACCAACGCCAGCACCUCCCCCUUCUCUACCGCUUCAGGGACUCAGCCCGCCACUCCCUCCACGCGCCUGUCUGUGGGCAGCGGCGGUGGCACGGGGACGCAGUCCUCGUCUGAUCGCGCGUCGAUCCGCAUCGACGACGUGCAUCCGGCAGCGCGAGCAGCCAUACAGACGAUGGAGUCAUGUGAUUUUGCAAGCGCAGUCUCUUGUCUCGUCCGUGUCUCCUGGGCGGCUGCUGCUGGGCGUCUGGAUCUGUCGGGGACGACUCCACUAUCUGAUCCCGGCGUCAUUUACAUGCGUGGAGCGAUGGGGGGUGGCAGACGCAGUCGGCAAAGCAGCACAGGCAGCACGGGCAGCUCGGGAAGCGAGUUGGGCGACCCCUCUGCGGUCCUGCAGGCCGGUGUUUGUGUCCGGCAGCUCGCUGUGGCUCCCAAGGACGCCCGCGUGUCCAUCGAGGCCCUCUCACUCCUCGUCACGUGUCUGCAGCUACGCAGCUCUCUCAUAGGUGCAUUCUACACUGUUCCCUGUGUCUCUGACUUCAUCAUCGACAUAUUACUCUGCUCGCCAAGCGAAGAGGUGCGGCGUGCUGCGUGCGAUGAGCUCUACGCUCUGAGCUGCACCUCCUGCCCCACCAUGGGAGGGGGUGUGGGGGACGACGCUUCCCAGGGUCAGAAACCACUGCUCUUCCUGCUCAGGGUCAUUCUACAGGCGCGUCUACCGCUGUGGACACCGGCCGGGACGUUACGGGGACACCACCAGCGUCUGCUGGCUCAGUGCAAGGAGUACUUUGACCUAAGAUGCCGCCUGCUGGAGGAUAUGACAGACACGGAUAUGAAAAUGUUGGAAGUGAGCCCGGCGGCCAUGUUGGAGGAUGAGAUCACAUGGCUCGACAACUAUGAGCCCCCCGCGGCAUUGUGGGAAGGGGGCGACGGAGGCGGUGGCGGCACCAGCGUCGCAGUGCAUUCUGGGACUUCUCUUCUGGCGGGACACCUACGUCUCAUCAACACCCUGCUAAUGCUGAGCACGCAGGACAAAGAUCAGAUCGGUCCCCACCUCAUCCGUCAACUCUUGGAGACGUUCCUCUUCCCCGCGGCGAAAAUCAUUGAGACGACGCAGAAGGAGGAAGCGGCGGGCCCACCCUCGCAGCACAACUUCAACCCCAGGUGCUGCUCGCCAGAAAGCCGCCUCGCUGCCUGUGAGGUUCUGGUCACUCUCGCCGACAGCAGCCUCCAUAACCUGCAGCUGUUAUGCUCCGAGCUGCUGUCUCUGCACCACCAAGUGGAGCCGUCGCUCGCCAAGGAGUUCGAGUUCCUUCCGCCUGUGGAUGGUCGCUCCGAGUCCGGAUUUGUGGGUCUCAGAAACGGGGGAGCAACGUGCUACAUGAACGCCGUGUUCCAGCAGCUCUACAUGCAUCCCGGCCUACCCGAGGCCAUUCUGGCUGUGGAGGGGGAUGAUGCGGAGAACCCAGAUGAGAGCGUAUUCUAUCAAGUGCAGUGUCUCUUUGGACACCUCAUGGAGAGCAAACUGCAGUACUACGUGCCACAGACAUUCUGGAAGUGCAUCAGGCUCUGGAACCGGCCCCUGAUGGUUCGGGAUCAGCAGGAUGCUUACGAAUUCUUCACCAGCAUCAUCGACCAAAUCGACGAACACCUGAAGAAACUGGGAAAGGAACAGAUCUUUAAGAACACUUUUCAGGGAGUUUUUUCCGACCAGAAAAUCUGCAAGGACUGUCCACACAGGUAUGAGAGAGAGGAGCUGUUUGUGGCUCUUGACCUCGGUGUGACUGGCGGCUCGAGUCUUGAGGUUUGCCUUGACCAGUUUGUGAGGGGCGAACUCCUGGAAGGGGACAACUCGUACUACUGUGAGAGGUGCUGCCUCAAGCGCACGACUGUGAAGCGAAUGUGCAUCAAGUCCCUGCCAGAGCUGCUCGUGAUUCAUCUCAUGAGGUUCGGAUUCGACUGGGACAGCGGCCGCCCCAUCAAAUAUGACGAGCAGAUCCGGUUCCCGUUCCUCCUCAACAUGGAGCCGUACACGACCGUGGGGCUUGCUCGCCAAGAGAGCAGCAGCAACAACAGCAGUAAUGGCGGCAGUAAUGGCGGCAGUAACGGCGGCAGUAAUGGCAGCAGUAGUAAUGGCGGCAGCAGCAGCGGAAGCAAUGGCGCGGCGUUGAAUGGGUCGGCCACGGCGGCGCCGGGCGGGGGAGCCGGCGUGCACGACGAUCAGUAUGAGCUCGUGGGCAUCGUGGUUCACAGCGGACAAGCGCACGCGGGGCACUACUACAGCUUCAUCAAGGAGCGCAGGCCCGGUCCUGCUCUUGGCCGUUGGUUCCGGUUUAAUGACACCCAAGUGGAGGGGUUUGAGAUGACGGAAGAGGCCCUGGAAUAUGAAUGCUUCGGCGGAGAGUACAGAACGAAGGUUUACGAUCAACACAACUCUGCGUCGGAUCUCCGUCGCCGCUACUGGAAUGCCUACAUGCUGUUCUACCAACGCACUGGGGCAUCUGCUGCUGCCUCUGCUUCGAACGUUUCAACCACCACAGCCACCUCCACUACUGCCAUCUCACCUGUAUUGCCCAAGAAAAGUCGUGUCAGCACCAGUUCUGGAUCUAGCUCUGGCUCUGGAUUGGGCUCCAAUGCCGUAUCUGACUCCGGUUCCGGACUGGGUGUCACUUCCACCCCUGGCUCCGGUUCUGGAUCUGGAUCCAGACAGGGGGUGUUUCCGGGUAUUGUGGCGGCGGCGGCGGCAGCGUCCCCGGAUUUGUCCCCGGCCUCGUCCCCGCGCCCGCCCCGGGCUCACGACGGACUCUCCCUGCUCGCCCGCCUCGUGCGGCGCUGGGAGCGCACGGGGAUGCUGGGGGAGCGCAUGCCGCCCUCCAUCUGUCAGGCGGUUCUCGAAGAAAACCUGAAGUUCAUGAAGAACCGAGAGGUCUACAACCAAAACUACUUCAAAUUCAUCCGAGCGCUGGCGUCCAUCAAUGUCAAUAAGAGCAAGCACAAGGACUUUGAGGAGAUGGCGACCGUGAGUCUGCGUUUGGCCGUGAACUUUCUCUUCAACACCUUCCUUCGCACCAAGAAGAAGCUCUGGGAGGAUGUUGAUGAGUGGAUGAUGCUGGUCGGGUCUCUGCUCUGCCGUUCGAGUCGGGCCUGCGAAUGGCUCCUGGAGACGAUAAGGAGCACAGAGGGACAUGAGACGAUACGGUUGCUGUUGCUCGAGUGCGGCGUUCGUGAGGUCAGGAGUCACACGGCAACCAUUCUCGACAAGACCCUGGAGGGAGGACUCCAGCACACAGACAGCCAGGUUGUGCAGGGAUUGAAGAAGCUGGUGGACUCCUUACUGGACCUCCUGGACAAAGAUGUCAUGGAGAACUGUAAAAACUGUGCCCAGUAUUUCCGACUCCUGGAGUCCUUCGCUCGCAGGGGUCCAGCCUCCUGCCAGCUCCUGCUGGACCUUUCUGCAUUCCGGCGCCUCAUCUCAUUCCUGUUGGGACCUGGACCUCAACCAAACCAGAACCGUCACUGGACCAUGUCUCAAACGCGAGAAUUUUCUGGCCUCCACUCCUGUCUGGCUCUCAUCAUCCUGCACUGUGACGUCUCAUCACAGGCCACUGUGGAGCCUGGCACUGCGGUCAUGACCUCCACCGCUGUGGAGGCGCCACCCUCCAACGCCCUCCUCACCCUGCCUGAGGACAUUGCACAACUGCUUUUCACUAACAGCAACCAGGCCUACAUCAGAGAGGUCAUCAUCGCAUUGAGGAAGCUGCCAUCCAUCGUCACCAUCCUCAUGCAGGCGCUCUGCUACCUCUGCUUCUGCAAUGAGCAGUUCUCCGCCACCGUCCUUCAGCAGAUCAAGAGCCAACUGGAGACGGCUCCACCCAACGAACUCAAGUCCAUCUUCCAGUUGCUCCAUGAGAUUCUUAUGAUCGAGGACCCACUUCAGACGGAACGCCUCAAAUUCACCUUCGAGCGGGAGCGAGGGCUUCUGGCCUUUAUGCAUCAGACCUCCACCACGGACAGCUCGCGCUGCUACCAAUGCAUCAAGUUCAUCAUGGGGCUGGCCCAGAGGUGUUCAUCUGCCAAAGAAUAUUUUCGUGGUGACACCUACCAUCUCUCAUGGACUGUUCAGUGGCUUCAGAAGAAGAUGUCAGAUCAGUACUACGCUCCACAAACUGACAUCUCAAACGAGACUUCUAUUGGAAAAGCCUUUCAACGGACCAUGUCUGCACAGGACACACUGGCAGGCAUCACAGCCCUCCUGAAUGAGAAGGACGCAACCGGCACUGCGAGUGUCUUUGAGGACGAGGCCGAGGGCUCCACAGACACCACUCAGAGGGCCUCUGAACAGACUCUGGGUUCCCCUAUGAAAAUCGGUGACACGGACAUCACCGACAUUGAUCCCUGAUCGCCUCCCUCUCCCUCCCUGGCUCGGGAACGCCUCUCUCCGAGUCCCGCAACUCAUUCACAGGAGGGUGUUGCCUCGGCGUGUCCGCCUACUGCCUUACCGAGUUACAUUCAGCUUGAAAGCCCUCCACGGAGGAGAGACACUGCACAAUAACUCCACUAAGACAGAGAGGGUGGCAGCAUAGUUUUGUACUGCCCAACAACAGCAGAUGGAAGGCUGUGUUCAAAGUCAUAGUAACAUAAAUAAUCAUGAUCUGGAUAAUAUUGUCCUGUGGAUAAACUGACCCCUGGCCAUAGGAAUGUGGAUUUUCUGUCUCUGAGGCUGCCAAUCGACGUGAGUUGCUGCCCCUUGGGGAGACACCCAGGGCUUGAACGUAGGCCUUCGGUGUCUCUGACUCAGCCAUCAUGAACCACAUGAGAGAGCCAUCCAGACAUCGGGCUUAAUUGAGCAGGAAUAGGAAACUUAAUAAAUUAAACAAAUAUAAUUAAAGUGACUAUUUUGUGCUCCAAUUUGUGUCCAACUUGUGGUACUCAUCUUCAUUGGUGGCUCUAAGCCAGAGAUGCAAAUUCCACAUUCCCAAUGCCAGUGGUCAGUUUUUGUCCAUAUGAUGGUCACAGUUUUUGAUUGAAAAAGUGGUGCUUCUCAUUCUAUAGACCCCUGGAGGUAUGACGACGAUGAUGAAGGAGAUGAUGAUAAUGAUGAUGGGCUGGGGAUUUGAACUCACAAUCUCCCAACUCCUUGAGUCGUGUUGCUCUGACCCCAGAGACACCCGACCGGAGUAUAUCAAAACAGUCAAAUUAUUCAAAUUAAGCGCACAUUUUUGCAAUGAAAUCGCAGCUCUGAGCCUUGCAAAGGGCCUCUCUUGCCUUUAAAACUAAGCGAUUUACCGCAAACCCUAACAUCGACGUGCCUUUAACACAAAUACUUUUCAAAUGGAAACACAAAAUUGCCAAUUUAUUUUUUCAUUUGACCAUCGCGUUUUGGUUUGCUAUUUUUACAAACAUUUGUCAAUUCCUAAGAGCAGGCAUUAAAACCACACCACUCCAUUCUCAGGCACCCAGGCAUUGACGUCUGGAAAUAGUGUUGAAUAUUAACCUGGUUUAAUGUUUUCAAUAUUAAUGGAUUCAUUUCUUUUCCCCCAAUUUCAUCCUAAUUUUACAAUCGGCGUCAUGAAACAGAACUGACAUACAACUCUCAGCAGAUAUCACAGAACUAUUUCAGGAAUCUCCUUAUCCACCAGAGAAGAACAUCUUUUUCACCUGAAAGAGAGAAUUGUCCAUCACGUGAAAAGGCAAACUGAUCGUUUUAACACUGAUUUGGAAUUUAACCAUCGUGAGUGCCAAAUAAAAAAAAAUGUGGUUUUAUUCAUGCAGUUAUUGGUGACCAGGCUGAAACCAACAACUCGCUACAAUUGAAAAUCAAGCCUAUUCACAGAGGGGGGUUGACUGGUUUCCAACCCAGGAGUCCAGUGAUGGCAGCUCUCAGCCCUUUGACUUGUGAGCCACCUGAAUUCCAGACGUUUCACCCGUGUUGAUGUCCUUCAGUGGCUAUCCUACAGUUCAGUUUCAUGUUCUCCCUGAUUUCGACUGAACGAGUCAUCACGGCUGAACAGUGACUAAAAUUGCAUUCAACCCAAAUUCAUUUAUUUUUUUGUUAAACCAAUCUGAAGCCUUAAACUCAUUACCAAUGGCAACCGGGUGUGCUCAUGGCUGGUGCUGGUUCACUUCCUCUGACAUAACCAUGAUGAGCCUCCUCAGGGAGAAAGAUGUUGCAUUCCCACAACAGUUGGCAACUCGGCUAUUACAGGAAUGAUCUGACACGGCGCGGCCCUUGCCCCAAAACAUGGUUCCAUGGAUUCGAUUCCUCCCCAUUCCCCCCCCUCUCCUCUCUCUACGGACAGAGGGAAGCAGUCAUUAUUUUGGAAAUGUUCUGCCGUGCCUAUUUUUAACACAAUCGUGAAGUUAGUUUAAUUCGAGAAAUGCCAUUCACGGCAUACAUCUCUUUUUUCCCAUUACCCCUGUGUCACAGCUGUUUACCAGGCCCGCCCAUCUGAAGCGUGGGUAGCUUGCUCAGCCAAGCAAGCUACGCAGCCCAGAGUGAGAGUCGCACGGACCGUGUUCAGCUUGGUGCUGGCUUUUAUUGGAAUCCGAGCGUCAGCCCAGUUGUGAACCUGGCACGUGGGGUUUUUGUUGUUGUUGUAAACUGGCUGUGGGCACACAGCAAGUGACCCCAAGCUCGAGGAGUCGGUUGAACCCAGGGUCUUGUCGGUUUUAACCGAGGACUCUUUUAAAAUGUUUUUUUUCACAACCCCAAUUUUGGCAGGUAUAUUUUAUUUUAAAUCUAGCUAUUCAAUUGUUUAAAGAUUCCAGAGUGUGGCACAAGUUUUAAAUUGAUUACAUUUACACACCCAGACAACCUUUGCCUGAGAAUGGAGUAGCAAUGUUCUGAUGGCCUCUUGGAUUGUUUUCGACAGACAUUUGUCUUAAAGCUUUGAGAUUAAUGUUUUAAAGAAUUGUGUGGUUUAGGGUGUGCAUGUUUGCUGUAUACGCGUACGUGUGUUGGGGUACGCAGCGGUUUGAAAACUGAGCGAAGUUCCCAGUGACCUGGGUUUGCUUCCUGACUGUUGAUACCAAACAGUGGAAAGUGGUAUCUGUAACUGUCCUGGGCAUCCCCCGAGGUCAACUUCGCCUUAAAUAAACACCCGAGUGUGUAAACCA